CUGCGAUAGCGACAGCAACAACUACUCUCUCUCUUCUAUUCUAUCCAGUUGUUGACACUACCGAUAAUGCCAACAGACUACGACGGCGACUCCCAAAUGGCCUCCUCCCCCGAAUCCGGGACCCGCACUCCUACCAUGACCAACCCCCCCGCCAUCCACUCUUCAGAACUCUCGCCUCCGGGAUCCCAGCAUAUGGAAAGAACAGCAGACCUCGGUGCAUUUGAGAAGGGAGAUAGUGCUGCUGCAGCACAGUGGAAACAGCAGAAGGUCAAGCCAGGGGAGUGGAAGAGUAAACGAGCGGAGGAUGAGGCUCAGAGGGCGAUGGAGUUUGUGGUGGAUAGGGAUUUUAGUUUGAAGGAAUUUGGGGACCCGUUUGAUGAGAGGGAUAUGGACGAGAAACUGCCAUGAGAUAUUACAACUAUUCUGAUGGAUACCCAGCGGUAGCUGACGAGGGAUCACGGCAAUGGGAGCAUGGUGACGACGUUAGUAUUUGGUGGUUAUCACGGCUUAUGAGAUAUGAUAUGAUUUCAGCAUGGCUCCCUUUCGGACUAUUUCGUACAACAGUUCACCAUCUGGAUCUUCGUAUAAUUAGCCGACCUAAAAAGUCAGGCUUGGAUAUCAGAAGAUUGGAAAUAUAAUAGCAGU